CCUGCCUGGUGCUGCCCGCCAAAACGCGCGGGGUGGCGGGACGGGACGGGGCAGAAGCGCGCAGACUGCUCUCCCAGCUGCCCCCCGCCUGCCGCGAUGCCCAGUGACACCCCGGCCUUCAGCAAGCCCCCGGACGUCGCGGGCCCGGGGGACAAGGCGAAUAGCUUCGGGAAGGCGGCGGCCCCCAUGGCGGCCGCCCCGGCGGACAGGGGAGCCGCUGCAGCGGGGAAGAAGCGGCCGCGACUGCCCAAGUGUGCCCGCUGCCGCAACCACGGCUACUCCUCGCCGCUGAAGGGGCACAAACGCUUCUGCAUGUGGCGGGACUGCCAGUGCAACAAGUGCAGCCUAAUCGCCGAGCGGCAGCGCGUCAUGGCAGCGCAGGUUGCCCUAAGAAGACAGCAAGCUCAGGAAGAGGAGCUGGGAAUCAGCCACCCGGUGCCCCUGCCCAGUGUCCCUGAGACGUUUGUUAAGAAGAACAGUGGUGGCAAUUCUUGCCUCUCGCUGGAAAGCAGCAGCCCAAUGCACUCGACAAGUACAGCCAUGACAGCAGCUAGUACACCACCAGAGGGACGGAUGCUCAUUCAGGACAUCCCUUCCAUCCCCAGCAGAGGGCACUUGGAGAGCACAUCUGAGUUGGUUGUGGACUCCGCCUACUACAGCAGUUUUUACCAGCCAUCUCUGUAUCCUUGUUAUAACAACCUGUACAACUACUCCCAGUACCAGAUGGCAGUGGCCAGUGAGCCUUCCUCCAGUGAGACAGGGGGCACAAUUGUAGGGUCGGCCAUGAAGAACAGCCUUCGAAGUCUCCCAGCAACAUACAUGCCGAGCCAGUCAGGAAAACAGUGGCAGGUGAAGGGCAUGGAGAGACACCACACCGUCAGCUCCCAGUACCGCAUGUGUUCCUACUACCCACCUGCUUCCUACCUGGGACAGGGGGUUGGCGCUCCCAUGUGCCUCCCCCAAAUCCUGACCUCUGAGGACAUCCCCUCCUCCUCAGAGUCAAAAGCCAGAGUGUUUUCGCCGCCCAACAGCCAGGACUCCGGCCUGGGGUGCCUGUCGAGCAGCAGCGAGAGCACCAAGGGGGACCUGGAGUGCGAGCCCCCCGCGCAGCCCGGCAACUUCGCGAUGAGCCCGGUGCAGGAGGGCGGCGAGUAGCGGCGGCGCGGCGGCCCUCGCCCGGGCAGGGCGGUACAGCAGCAGCGUUCUCGGUUUGCUUGUUCUCUUUGGGGGUUGCGGGGACGGGCGGGGGGUGUUCGGUUUCUUCUUCCCAGGUGCGGGGUGGGACGCCAGCUUCCCCAGGGGCCGCCGGGGCCGGCUGGCGCAUCGUGCUGCCGCGGAGCCAGCGCAUCGUGCUGCCCGAGCCAGGGGCGGAGAGAGCGCCGCCGAAAUGCGGGCAGGGGCUCCGGGCAGCGGGAGCCGAGAUAACCGGGAGCCCUGUGCCGGCCCCUCCCCGUGCAGGGGCCCAUAACUCAUCUGCGGGAAACAUCAUCCUGUUUAUGUCUUCCUGACGGUUCCUUACAGGCUAACGCUGCUGCUUGGUCUGGGAGUUUUCUUCUCAUGUCGCCAAAUUAACAUACUUUGCAUAUUACAGUUGAGUGCCUUGCCUUAGAUUGCAGUCUAAACUGCAAGUAAGUAAGUCCCUUAAGAGUUGCCAUGAGUUUUGGCGUUUGUUAUUUUGUUAAAAAUGGGCUAUGGUGUUCUUUCCUCGUGUUACCAAAGCCAAUCUGAAAUUAUACUAGUCUAGAAAAAUUCAUUGUUCUCUGUAGUUGCAGCUGUACCUGAAAUAAAAAUGUUAUUGAUGACUGAAU